AUGGUCUCUCUCUGGCCUUGGAAGGGCGAGGACAACUCCCCAGCGCACUUCGAGAAGACGCUCGCCGCUCUUUCGACCAAGAUCAACGAUUCAACCGCGCGUUUAGACACCCACCGUCAGAAUGCCCGCCGUUUCAAAGCUCUCUGGACGCUAUACACCACCUUCGCGUACCUCCUUUACUCGAUCAUCUUAGCUCUCGUCCUUGGCUGGCAGAAUUGGGGAAUUGUCGAAUACUCUGCUGUUUCUGGUGGGCCAGUUCUGAUCUACGUCGUUAGGACAUUGGCCAGCCGAUUCUUCGAUUACCGCAUUUCCAAGACGCAACAACACUUAGACGAUCUGAAUAAACAACGAGACACUACCAUCGAGAAACUCAAAGCGGCUACCAAAUACAAUUCGACCCAACAAUUGCUUGAGAAGUAUGGCGGGGAGUCCCCUAAACCGUCACCAUCAAAGAGCGACGAUGAAAAGCCCAACAUGUUGGAAACCCUGCGUAAACCGUCAACGCCGCAACAACAACCGGUAGCACGCACAGGACUGGCUCCGCCGCCCACAGCUAACAUUCGACGACGACCUGUAACUCCUUCAGCGCCAUCGCCUUCCAACCCGUCCCCGCCGCCUCCGUACGGAACACAAACCCAGCCUCGAUCCCUUCCUCAAACCCCUCCUCAACCUCCGCUACCACAACAACCUGUCAAUGAGCCUGGAUUUGCCCCGAAUGCCUUCCCGAGAUCCUCCCAAUAUAUCGAACAAUCCCACUGGUACGACCGUCUCUUGGAUGUCCUCUUAGGAGAAGACGAAACACAACCCAAGAACCGGGUCGCAUUGAUCUGCCGUGCAUGUCGACUGGUCAAUGGCCAGGCACCACCUGGGGUCCGGACCCUGGAAGAAAUCGGUCGCUGGCGGUGCGGAGGCUGCGGAGCAUGGAACGGCGAGGAGAGCGAGGCAACAAAGGUUCUCGCGAACAUCCGCAACUCCCAAUCUAGCGCUGGAGAGUCUACAUGGGAACCCGUGUCUAGGCCCGAUGCGGACAGCCAUUCGUUUGCUGGAGACGCUGCUGAGGGGGCGGUUAUGGUCCCUGCGAGUGACCCUAGUCCAGAAGCAUCUGAAGGGGGGCCAGCGGAAGAAGAUGAAGAGCCCCAGUCCACCAGGCUAACUCGUAGCAAGGCAAAGGGUGGGAAUAGAAAAGGAUGA